AUGGCAAUUCUGUUCAAGCUAUCUUUGCCUAUCUGGGCACUUGCAGUCGUCCAAGCUACCAGCUCGCACUGUAGUCACAAGCAGAGCUCCCACCAUACUGCCGCCUAUGACUUCCAUCCGAGCCAAGCAGGCAUUCAAACCGCUCAACUGAUUGACCCUCUGCCUUUGCCAUAUGACUUCAACACCUCCAACAGCGAGAUGGCCGACUCCAGUAACUCCUGGUGGAUGUCAUCCUACCUCACGGGAAGUGACAAUCACCAGUACAUGGUGCUGUCCCACGUCCUUGCCACCGAUACAUUCGGGCUGUACCGUGGUGGCAUAUAUGACAUCACCGAACCGGCCUAUAGCCUGUUCUCAGAGAUGACCACCCAGAACCUUACGGCCCACAGCCAGGACGGCAAGUUCAACAUCCGCACCGACGAUUUCUUCUUCGGCUCUGCUCUCGCCAACAACUCCAUCACGAAGCUGCGCACUGUAUCAAAUAGAACAAACCUCCAGUUCGAUCUGACCUACGAGCUGACCGCCCCUGUCCUCUUCAACGCAGGUCUUGGUGGCCUCUUUCAAUUCGGCCCGGACCAGACGGGCGAGUGGUCCAUGCCUGCGGGAAAAACCUCUGGGUCGCUGGUCUUCAACGGUAAGAAGAUUACUGUUGACACGAAGCGUUCUCAAACUUGGUACGACCGUCAGUGGAACGUUGGGCCCGCACCCACCAGCCAUACUUGGACUUGGUUCCAACUGCACAUCAACAAUGGGGAGAGUGACGAGAAAGAGCUGGUCUCGUUGUGGAUGUACGACAGCGACGUUAAGGGUCAUCGUCAGUGGGCCACUACCCAGUCCAAGGCUGGUAUCAACAUUGUCCAGUCUGUUCCCACCGUUGAACCAUUCGGCAACUCCUGGACAUCCCCUCAUACCAACGCCACCUACCACCAGGCAUGGAAAAUCGUCCUUCAGGACAGCACUACACUCACGGUUAAGACGACCUAUGAGGACCAGGAGCUGUGGGCUGCCAGGGGCUUUGCUACCUACGAGGGCUUUGUCACCGUGAAUGGAACUGACGCCGAUGGCAAGUGCGUGACCGGAUUCGGACUCGUCGAGAUUCAGGGACAUUUCUAA